CUAAUUUCUAAAGAAGCUUACAAAUAAAUCCAAAGACACGAACAAGAAAAUACAAACUGAUUUUCUCUUAGUGUUUCUUUUUGUUUUUUAGAUUGCUUGUAGUAUAUGAGAGCUUCUUUUUAUCGAAAUUUUCUGAAGAGAUUAUAUCCACCAACUACUACCGAGGCUAGUAACAGUAUACACCGUAUCAGAAAUAUCAUGUCUGAAUCAGAUCAAUCCAUUGGUUUCGACACACCCAGAUUGGUGACCAAGAAGAUCCUGGCCAAGCUCCAACAUGAAGGUGAUGGUGCUGUUGUUAGAAGAGGCAUUGGAAGGAGUGAACAGAAGUUCUUGGAUCCUUUUCUCAUGCUGGAUGAUUUUUCAGUGUCUCCUCCUGCUGGAUUUCCUGAUCAUCCGCACAGAGGUUUUGAGACUGUUACAUACAUGCUGCAGGGAAGCAUCACUCAUCAGGACUUUGCAGGGCACAAGGGUACAAUCCAUACCGGAGAUGUGCAGUGGAUGACAGCAGGAAGAGGCAUCAUCCACUCGGAAAUGCCUGCCGGAGAAGGUGCUCAAAAGGGUCUGCAGCUGUGGAUAAAUCUAUCUUCCCAAGACAAAAUGAUUGAACCUAGGUAUCAAGAACUUUUAAGUGAUGACAUAAAAAGAGCAGAGAAAGACGGGGCUGAAGUGAGAAUUAUAGCAGGGGAAUCGAUGGGAGUGCGAUCUCCAGUUUAUACCAGGACACCAACAAUGUAUUUGGAUUUCACUCUGAAACCCAGAGCUCAAGUGCAUCAAAAUAUCCCAGAAUCAUGGAAUGGAUUUGUGUAUGUUAUUGAAGGUGAAGGGGUCUUCGGCAAGCCAAAUUCUUCACCCUCAACUGCUCAUCAUGUCCUGGUUUUAGGUCCUGGAGAUGGUUUGAGUGUGUGGAACAGAUCUUCUAAGCCAUUGCGAUUUGUGCUGAUUGCCGGACAGCCAAUUAACGAGCCUGUGGUUCAGUAUGGACCUUUUGUGAUGAACACAGAGGCAGAAAUUGAUCAAACCAUUGAGGACUACCACUAUAGCAAAAAUGGGUUUGAAAUGGCCGAGUAUUGGAGAUCCCAAUGAUGAGUGGGUUCUGCAAACCAUGGAAGCACAUUGCUACUGUUAAAAGAAAAAAAAAAGUUGGAAUAAAUGAAGGACAUCAUCUUUAUCUGUCUCUAUCUUUCAAUAUCUCCAUUUACACGCAGCAAUCAUACAUGGAAGCUGAAAAUGAUGCUCUCUUUUCUCAUUGGGAGCAAAAAAAAAAAAAAAAAAAAAGCUUCUAGCAGAAUGGAAAUUGCAGCUGAAGAAGCAGAGAUUGCGAUCGCUGAAGUCGUGAUGGGUCAGCUUAUCUUAGUUGAUCUCGUUAUUAUUAAUCUUUUUUCAAAUUUGAUUUUUCCCAUUUAAUUACAUUUUGUAGUGGUACGUUGAUCUCCA